AUGAUCUUUUUUCUGCUCGGUCUGCUUUGCUCCAUCUGGGGAGAACCUGUUCAAGGUUUCAACUUUAAAGAGGACCUCCGUCAGCUCGCUGUGGGCAACAACUCUGUCUACAUCGCUACAGAGGAGAACUUUUACCAGCUGAGCCAUGACCUGACUCUGAUCCACAGCCUGAUCCAGAGAGGAAUCUUAAAGAGCGCCGACCAACUGGACAAAGAGGAGUUUUACAGAGACCCCAUGAAGGCUGUCUUAAACGCAACUUUCAGUGUUAAUGUUUUAUUACCAUUUGAGAAAAAUGACACAUUGAUCAGCUGUGGUGUGACUGGAAACAAAUUGUGUGGUUUCUGUGAAGUUCUGGACCUGAAGAACAUUUCUAAGCUGGUUUACAAUGAAUCCAUCCAGGUGGGACCUCAGAGGAGCAGCAGUGGGUCUGUCAGCUUUCUGGUGGAUGUGAAGGAGGAUUCAGGUCAGACUGAGACUUACAUUCUGUCAGCGAUAAAGAACCCUAGAGACACGACAGACUGUAGCCCUGAUUUAAAGACAAUCAACCUUCAAAACACCAAUCAUAAACAGCAUGGGGAUAUAUUUUCCUGGUGUGGUCGAUCAGGUGGUAAACCUGGGAUCCAAACUGAAGCUGAUGUAGAGUUUGUGGACGGAUUCCAGAUCAACUCAACAGUGUAUCUGUUCUCCAACGUGGCAUCAGGAGGUAAAACCAACAAAGUCCGUCUGAUCUGGCUUCAGGCUGAAACCAGUAAAACUGAGACUCUGAAGUCUCUUCGUGGAGCGACUCUCAGUUCCUCUGGAGGUGAAGGCAGCAGACUGCUGGCCUCCUCGGUCAUCCCAGGUGGACAGCAGGUCCUGUGGAGUGGAGUGUUCAGUGUGGACGGAGGAGAAAGUAACACUGAGCUGCUGCUGUUUGAUGUCAGUCCUGAUCUCAACAGGAAGCCAAACACAGAUCCUGACUUUUAUACAUCAGUGGACAAGCCACAGAACCCACCGGUUCCUGUGCUCCUGAAACACAAAGCUGUGCUUUUUAAACAGAACCUCAUGAGUUCUGUUCUGGCCGUCAGGCUGAACGGCUGGAUGGUUUUCUUCAUCGGAACAGCAGAUGGACAGAUCAUCAAGCUUCCUGUGGACAGGAAUUAUCAGCCCUCCUGUCCUCAGAUCCUCUACAGAACCAGUGGAGACAACAAAGUGUUUCCAAAAGUCCAACUGGAUCCAGUGGAUCAGAAACAUCUCUAUGUGCCGUUUAAAAACCAGGUGAAACGUGUUCCAGUGUCAAACUGCAGAACUUACCAAAAUGUGAAGGAUUGUCUUUCUGCCCAGGAUCCAUUCUGUGUCUGGUGUGUCUCUAAGAAAAGCUGCUUGUUUAAAGACGACUGCAGAGCUUCAGAGAGGCUGUCCAUCCCUGAUGAAUCCAAGCAGGAAAUAGUUUCUCACAGAUUUCUGAAGGGCUCCACGGGAGAGAUGAAAAUAAUCAUCCAAUCACACCUGACUAUAGAGAAGAAGGUUCAGUCUAACUUCACCUGUGAUUUCUCUACAACCUCCAGCCAGCUUUGUAAAAAACAAGAACCAAAACCACAGUACCCACAAUGCACCUGCAUUCUCAAUGACCCUUUCCUUGCUGAUGGUCAGUGA